CUGCACUGUGUCCGCAGUCUCUGGUCAUCUCAUGUACUGUGUCCGCAGUCUCUGGUCAUCUCCUGUACUGUGUCCGCAGUCUCUGGUCAUCUCCUGUACUGUGUCCGCAGUCUCUGGUCAUCUCCUGUACUGUGUCCGCAGUCUCUGGUCAUCUCCUGUACUACGUCCGCAGUCUCUGGUCAUCUCCUGUACUAUGUCUGCAGUCUCUGGUCAUCUCCUGUACUGUGCGUCUUAU